AUGGACAGUGAGACGAAAUCAACUUUCAGCAAAUCUACGGGGCUUCCUCGGAAGCGAUUCUACAGAGCAAGAGCUCAUAGUAAUCCACUUAGUGACUCUCACUUCCCGAUCCCGAUUGCUCCAUCUCAUGUCGACUUUUCGCUUCACUUCCCCAAAGUUAUUGAAGCUGACAACAAAAUCUCCAAGAAGAUUGAGUUUGCGGAUAUCGGAUGCGGUUUUGGUGGCCUUCUCAUUUCCCUUUCAACGCUCUUCCCUGAUACACUAAUGAUCGGUAUGGAGCUGAGAGACAAAGUGACGGAAUACGUCAAGGAAAGGAUCUUAGCCUUAAGGAAAACGAGCUCGGAAGGGCAGUACGAGAACAUCUCUGUUGUUAGGACUAACUCGAUGAAGUACAUUCCUAAUUACUUUGAGAAAGGACAGCUUUCGAAGAUGUUUUUUCUCUUCCCUGAUCCACAUUUCAAGGAGAAGAAUCACAGGAGGAGAGUGAUUAGCACUCAUUUGUUAGACGAGUAUGCUUAUGUUCUUAGAGCUGGUGGGAUUAUAUACACAAUCACCGAUGUUGAGGAGCUCGGAGAAUGGAUGAAGGCUUGUUUAGAGAAACAUCCAAUGUUUGAAUCUCUGACACAAGAAGAGCUCGAUUUGGAUCCUGUGGUUGAGCUUCUAUGCAGUGCUACUGAGGAAGGACAGAAAGUUGCCAGGAAUGGAGGACAAACUUUCAGAGCAAUUUUCAGACGCAUUGCAUAUGCUUCUUGA